UAUCAGCGCUUUUCGUGUGUUAAAAACAGCAUUGAAAAAAGAGCAUUAAUUUUUUAGUCUUUGUUUUGGUUGCGUUGAGCAUUUUCACAUACAACUAAGCACUCUUUAAGCUUUUCGUUAAUAUAGUUAUAUUUUUCAACCUGAUAACACAAUUUAUUACUCUUUUUUGUGCUUUAUAUGUAUCAAUACUUCUUUACUUUUCCUACUGGAGUAUAUUGAUUGCAUAGGGAUUAUUAUAGAUUGAAAAAUCGCCCACUGAAAAAAGAAUUGAGCUUGAAACAACACCCUUCUGUAUACAUUUAGUGUAUUACCACCUUAAUUGCGAAAUCGAUUCCCAGUUAUAUCUUCAACUUCCCAUUUAUAACCAGACUUUUUAAUAUGGGCGUGGACUAUUACAACGUGCUGGACACAACACACAGCGCCACAAAUGACGAAAUCAAAAGAGCAUAUCGCAAACUGGCCCUGAAGUACCAUCCAGAGCGAAACAGCGAAGAAGGAGCUGCAGAGAAGUUCCGACAAAUAGCCGAGGCUUAUGAUGUACUCUCCGACAACAGAAAGAAAGCAGUGUUUGACCAGUUUGGGGAGGAGGGUCUGAAGCAAGGAGUUCCAGAGGGUCAAGACCACACAGAGGCCUGGACACAGGGUUACACUUUCCACAACGAACCUCUCAAGGUCUUCACCGAGUUCUUCGGGGGGCAGAACCCGUUCGCAGAGUGGUACGACAGACGGGAUGGGGAGCUGGACAUGGGAUUCGGAGGUCUGCACGGGAGGGGGCGAAAGCAGCAGGACUCCCCCAUAGAGCGGGAUCUCUACCUGACCCUGGAGGAGAUAUACCACGGCUGCAUCAAGAAGAUGAAAAUAUCAAGAAGAGUUAUGAAUGAAGACGGACACACCUCGAGCAUCAGAGACAAGAUUCUGACGAUCACUGUGAAGCCUGGAUGGAAGGCAGGGACUAAAAUAACAUUUCCAAAAGAGGGCGACCAGGGGCCAAACACGGUGCCCGCCGAUAUAGUGUUCAUCCUCAAAGACAAGCCCCACCCCCGCUUCGAAAGAGUCGGCAACGACCUAAUCUACACUGCCACUAUACAGCUGGGAGAAGCGCUUACCGGGUGCAACGUGUCCAUCCAGACCCUGGACAACAGGGAGUUGAACAUCCCUGUGAACGAAAUUAUCACUCACGGAUACCAGAAGAAGGUGUUGAACGAGGGGAUGAAAAUUUCGAACCCGCGGGAUAGUGGCAAAGUAGUGGGAGAUCUGUUUAUCAAGUUCAACAUAGUUUUCCCGCAGAGUCUAACGCCCGAUAAAAAACAGCUGAUCAAGGCCGCCCUCUUGUGACCAUACAAUUAAAGCUGUGACCAUACAAUUCACCCGAAAACAGACCACACGUUAGAUAUGAGGUCAUCUGAACACGGAAAUAAAUCGGCAAAAAAUCUGCUAAAACAGAAAUUCGUGGAAAUAUUAAAUUCUUUUUUUUUAUAUAAAAAUUAAUUAAAUUUUUUCUUUUCA